AUGUUGAGUCCGUUGAUUGUUGCGAUCUUAGUUUUGGUUGCGUAUCCACUAGGUAAAGUGACUUAUAACGUUUAUUUACAUCCGUUGUCGCAUCUACCAGGGCCACGCACAUGGGCUGCUACACGCCUGCCGUUUAUCUGGGCUCUUUUACGAGGUACGAUCGUUCAUGAUUUCGAGAAACUCCAUCGACAAUAUGGACCCGUUGUGAGGACAGCCCCGAACGAAGUGAGCUUUUCCAGCGGGGACGCCUGGACCGACAUCUUCGCGACUCGGCCAGAUGAUCGCCAAUUUCUCAAAGAUCCGCUUUGGUGGGCGAAGCCUCCCGGAAAACCAAAUUCACUUCUCAGUGCCAUCAACCCUUCACACCAUGCAGGCAUUCGCAAGUUGUUAUCCCCAGCAUUCUCUCCUCGAGCGCUCCGAGCACAGGAGCCCGUGCUACGAAAGUACGUCAACCUCCUGGUUGAAAGGCUACGAGAACAGGUCGUCCAAGGGGGUACAGAGGCGGAAAUAGAUAUUGCUCCGUGGUUGAACUAUACGGCUUUUGAUAUCUUUGGUGAUCUCGGCUUGGGCGAGUCAUUUGAUUGCUUACAAAAUUCGAAAUACGAUCCUUGGAUUUCGUUGGUUUUUAACAGCGUAAAGGCUGUAUCAUUUAUUUCCGCAACGAGAUAUUACCCCCUGAUCGAGUUUCUAUUGAAGAAAUGCAUACCAGCUUCCUUGAGCAAGAAGGCUGAACGUCACCAACAACAGAUCGCGGAGAAGGUUGACAGGCGUCUCAGCUGGGAGGUCCAGCGACCGGAUAUAAUGUCAUAUCUCAUUGACGAAGACGGUCAGGUGGCAUGGUCGCGAGGUGAACUUGACGCGACGUUUCAGAUCUUGACCACUGCAGGGAGCGAAACCACCGCCACUGUCUUAACAGGUAUCAUCUGCUACCUCGUGAACAAUCCUGAUAAACUGGCAAUUGUUACCAAUGAGGUACGAAAAUCAUUACAGAGCAGUGAGGAUGUGACUUUGGCCUCCGUCCGUAACCUUACCUACCUAAAUGCCGUGAUCAAUGAGGGUCUCCGACUCUGCCCACCGGUCCCAUGGAUGCUUCCACGCAUUGUUCCCGAAAGAGGAGAAGUUGUAUGUGGGAAAUGGUUACCAGCAGGGACUUCCGUGUCUCUCCAAGCCUACAGUUUGAACCGCGACCCUGAGUCUUUCUAUAAAGCGACAUCUUUUCUCCCUGAAAGAUGGCUGCCAGAUGCCUCGACCGACACAAAGUCACCCUUCUGUCACGAUGACCGCCAUGCCGUGCAUCCGUUCAGCGCUGGUCCUCGCUCUUGCCUAGGUCAGUAUCUUGCCUGGGCAGAGAUGCAACUGAUUCUUGCCAAUUUACUGUUAUCUUUCGACCUUGAGGCUGUAGAAGGUAAAAGACUGCAAUGGGAGGAUCUGCGAACCUUCUUACUGGUAGAGAAGAAACCGUUAGAAGUUCGACUCAGGACUGUUUUGUAA